AUGGAGAAUCGGACGAAGCCCCGCUAUCGUUCCCAGGCUGCCGAUGUGAACCUUUCUUGUGAGAUGCAAAGAGGGUGGAAGCGAGAGACUUAUUUACGCCACCCGAGUCCAAGUGGCACAGCGGCAGGGGUUGAGGAAAAGCCCUUGGACAUGGGCACAUCCCAGCACGCCUACGUCAUGUCCGUCUUCUUGGACAUGGCAAAUCUGUUGCUGCAACCUGAUUCUUGGACAACACGGCACAGCCUGCUCCAGCAUCCUGUAUUACACACCCUUUUGAUAGGAAGGGCAUCAUGGCCGUCUCAGGGUUGCCCGCCUCGAUUGCCACCGACUGUGGAGAUGGCAGCCACAAUGUCGUCGAUCGGGCCUGGAUGGCUCGCCUGCAUCUGCUUCACCACCUCUGCAGCCUGUUCCACUGAAGAGGUUCAUGUCCUUCACCACGCAUGCUGUCAGCACCACCGUUCCGAUGGUAUUUUCCAAAGGGUUUCAGCUCCACCGUCCCCUAGCCAUGCAUCCUACACCUCCCAAGUUGGCAGCCGCCCGCUCUCCGCGGCCAUCGACGAUGCCACUCACAGCAAGCCCAGCCAUAGUUCAUCUACCCCUGCUGUACCUUCGCCUGCUUGUCUUACUCUUGCGUUGUGGAGCCAACCCACCAAGAUUGGACACCUCGCCCCGCUCCAGAUUGGAGCAAGUGACGCAAUGCUCCUCUGGUUCAUCGUACUCUGUCACACACAGUCUACAUCACGACGCCAAAGCAGGUUUAUGCUGUCCAUACAAGCAAGCAACACUGAGGCUCCAAGUAACUCACGACAACCUCACGAUAAAUCAAACGACACGCCCAAUAUGCCUUCCCCAGCUGCAGGAAAGAGUGAAGCCCCCCGCACUCCAACUAAGCUCGGAAGAAAGCCACAAUCAGUUGCAUCAAAGCUCAACAAGCCUCAAUCAAAGUCACAGGAGACCCUUGUCAACGACCCAUCCGAGGUUGGAGAGAACACUAAGCAGCAAGGUGAGGAGAAGCUGCAAGACACGAAGAAGCAGGCGCAAGACACUGCAGAAGACACCCAGAAGAAGGCAGAAGAUACCACGGAAGACGCCAAGUCCACAGCACAAGAUGCUGCUGAGGACACCAAGAAAGGCGCAGAAGACACCACAGAGGAAACCACCGGCAAAGUAUCACAAGCUGGUGACGAGCUCGAACAAACCGAGCCCAAGCCCAUCAGCGAGGACGAGGACGCCGAUGCUGAGGGCGACGAUGCCACAGUAAAAGCCGGUGACGACGCUGAAGAUACAGCGGAAGACACCGCCGAUGACACCGCCGAUGAUGCAACAGAAACCGCCAGCAAGGCUGCUGACACCGGCAAGCAGGCUGGUGGAGGUGCACUGAGCGGCGCUCGUGGGCUCGCCGGCCGAGCCUCGAAUCUAGCCGGCAAGGCUUCGCAGGAUCCCAAGGGAGCCGUAAAGGAGGCUGGCAACGAUGUAAAGGAGGGUGCUGAAGAUACCGCCGAGUCUGUUGAGGACACUGCUGAGGAUGCAACCGAGGGUGCUCAGGAGACGGCCAAGUCUGCAAAGGACACCGCUGAGGAUGCUACUGGUGGUGUCAAAGAUAAGGCUGGUGAUGUGGCGCCCGAAGCGGAAGAUGUAGCUUCUGAUGUCGAUGACACUGUCGAAGACGAAGAUGCUACCGAAGGUGCUCAAGGCAAGACUAAGGACGCUCAGGAUAAGGUAAAAGGUACCACCAAGGGUGCCAAAGAUCAAGUCGAUGACACCGCCGAGGAUGUUGAAGAAGAGUCCGAGGAUGCCGCUGAGGACAUCCAAGACAAAUCACAAGAUGCCACUGGAGAUGUCCAAGACAAGGCACAGGAUGCCACCCAGGGCGCCAAAGACCAGGUAGAAGACGCCGCCGAUGAUGCAGACGAGAAGGUUGGAGAAGCCAAAGACUCUGCCGAUGAUGUCAAGGAAUCGACUGAAGAUGCCGUCGAAGAUGCUACCCCCGAUCUCAGCGUCUUGAAGGGCCUCGAAGUUGAUGAGGAGGGCCAAAUCAAGGACAAGGAUGGCAACACCAUUGGACGUCUCGUCGAAGGUGACGCCGAAGACCUUGCUGGAUACCCCAUUGGCGACGACGGCGAGAUUCUCGAUGACGAUGGCGAUCUCGUUGGCCGCUGCGAACUCAUGCCCGAGUUCGCAGCGAAGCAGCUCCAGAAGGAUGAUGAGGAUAGUCCUCAACUGCCUGACAUUGAUAUUCUCAAGGGACUUACUGCCGAUCGCUCUGGUCAAAUUAUCAACGAGGAUGGCGACUUUGUUGGUCAUCUUGUUGAUGGAGAUCCAUCAGAGGUUCAGGGUAAGGAGUUCAACGAGGAUGGAGAGAUUGUUGAUGAUGACGGCAACGUCAUUGCUCGUGCUGAACUUGACCCGGAAGUUGCCGACCUCCCCACCUAUCAACAAGAUGAUGAUGAGGGCGAGGGCGACGCCACCAAAGACAUUGCUGACAAAGCCGCCGACGCCAAAGACAGUGUCGAGGAGACCGCAGAAGGCGCCAAGGAUGGUGUUGAGGAAAAGGCAGAAGAAGUUGAGGAGGAGCUACCUGGUGUCGAAGCCCUCGAGGGCAUGGAGAUCAACACUGAAGGUGAAAUCCUAAACGAUGAUGGAGAGGUCGUCGGCAACAUUGCAGAUGGCGAUCUCGAAAAUAUCGAAGACGUCAAGGGUCUCACCGUCAACGACAAGGGUGAGGUCGUCGACUCUGAAGGCAAGGUUCUGGGCAAGGUAGAACUUGCUGAGGGCGCUGCCGACAAGCUCAAGGAGUCUGCUGCCGGUGCUCUUGACACCAGGAUCCUUGACGGUCUCAAGGUUAACAAGAAGGGUAAGGUUCUUGAUGCCGAAGGCGAGGAAAUCGGUGAACUCAAGGACGGCGAGCUCAAGGACUGCGCUGGCAAGAUCCUCAAUGACAAGGGCGAGGUCCUUGACAAAGAAGGAAACGUCAUUGGCAAAGUUGAUGUUGUUGCCGGAGAAGCUGCUUUCGAAGCGAUCAAGGAGCUCAAGGACCGUCUUGGUGAGACUGAGGAGAACGCUGAAGAGGUUGAGGAGGAGGUUGAGGGCGAGGUGGAAGAUGCUGAGCCCAAGACCAAGGAAGUCACUCCCGACAUUGACGAACUUGAAGGCUUCAAAGUCAACAAGAAAGGUCAAGUUCUCAAUGAAGAUGGCGAGCCCAUUGGCGAACUCAUUGAGGGAGAGGCCAAAGACUGCGCCGGAAAGAAGAUUAAUGAAAAUGGCGAGGUAGUUGACAAAGAUGGCAAGGUCCUUGGUAAAGUCAAGGCUCUCCCGCAAACCAUCGAGGUCGACGAGGAGGAGGAGCAAGAAGUAGAGCCAGAGUAUGAAGAGGUUGAGGUCACUCCUGAGAUCGACGAGCUUGAGGGCUUGAAGGUCAACAAGAAGGGCCAAGUCCUUGAUGAGGAAGGUGAACCUACCGGCGAGCUUGUCGAGGGCGAGGCCUCUGAGUGUGCUGGUAAGAAGAUCAACGAGAAUGGAGAAGUUGUCGACAAGAACGGCAAGGUCAUCGGAAAGGUCAAGACACUUCCCAAGAUUGUUGAGCAGAAGGUCGGCGAAGCUGAAGAGGCCGCUGAGAAUGCUGAAGAGGCCAAGGAGGACGCCGAAGACGCCGCCGAAGACGCCCAGGAUGCCGCCGAGGAUGGCGAACAGGAACUUGACGAAGAUGGCCGCCCACCUGUUUCAAUCCUUGAGGGACUUACCGUCAACAAAUCUGGAAAGCUCAUCAACGCCAACGGAGACAUUGUUGGUGAGCUCACCGAGGGUGACGCUAAGAAGCUUUCCAAGGCGAAGACGACAUGUGAUGCUGAAGGCCAAUUCUGGGACAACAAGGGUCACGUCAUCGGCCGUGCCCAGACAGUACCCCAGGAAGACGUAGAAGAGGAAUCGCCAUUUGCUGGCCUUGAAGGCUUGCUUGUCGUCAAGGAUGGCUUCGUCGAGGACGAGAACAACAAUCGUGUCGGAAAGAUUGUUGAGGGUGACGCCAAGAAGCUCGUCGGACGCGCUGUCGAUGAGGACGGCGAUAUUCUCGACAAGAAGGGCUCAGUUGUUGGCCAUGCUGAGCGCUACGAGGAGCCUGAGGAGGAGGUCGAGGAGCCUCAAGAGGAGGAUCCAUUGGACCUCUCCAGUCUUGCUGGUAGGACUGUCAACAAGCAGGGCAAUGUCAUUGGCGACGAGGGCGUACCAAUCGGUCGUCUCGUUCAGGGUAAUCCCAAGGAGCUUGCUGGCAAGAAGAUCGACAAGGAAGGCCAGAUCUGGAACGACCAGGGUGAAGUUGUUGGUCGCUGCGAGCUCAUCCCCUUUGACCAGCGUGAAGCCAAGGCUGAGGGACCAUUUGCAGGUCUCAAUGGCCUCCGUGUCAUCCAAGGUGGCAAGGUCGCUGAUGACGAUGGGAAUGUUGUUGGUGAGAUUGUUGAAGGAAAUGCCAAGCGUCUGGUUGGCAUGGCUGUUGAUGAGGAUGGUGACAUUCUCGACAAAUAUGGCAACGUCAAGGGCCACGCCGAGCCAGUUGAAGAAGAGGAAGAAAUUCAGGAGGAGGCUCCAGAUCUAUCCAUCCUGGACGGACUCACGCUGAACAAGCAAGGUUUCCUGGUUGACAGUAAUGGUAACCAAGUUGGUAAGCUCGUCGAAGGCAACGUCAAGGAUCUUGCUGGUCGUAAGUCGGAUGGCGAAGGCCAGAUCCACGGUGACACUGGCAAGGUCGUUGGCCGUUGCGAGCUUAUUCCCGACAACGAGCGUGUUACCAAAGAAGAAGGUCCAUUUGGCGGAUACGAAGGUCUUCGUGUAGUCAAGGAUGGAUUUGUUGAAGACAACGAUGGCAACCGCGUUGGUAAGAUCACCGAAGGUGACGCAAAGAAGCUUGUCGGCCAUGCUGUUGAUGAAGAUGGCGACAUUCUUGACAAGAACGGUAACGUCAAGGGUCACGCUGAGCCAUGGGAGGAAGAGGAGCAACAGGAGGUUGAUCUGAGCGCGCUUGCUGGCUGUACUGUCAAUAAGGCUGGCAAUGUCGUCGACUCUAGCGGUACUGUCCUUGGACGUGUCGCUGAGGGCGAUGCUGCCACCCUCGUAGGCAAGAAGGUCGACGGCAAGGGACAGAUCUGGGACAAUGAGGGCAAUGUUAUCGGCAAAGCUGAGCUCGUCCAUGGCUAUGCUGGUGGUCCUGAGGGGCCGUUUGCUGGUUUCGACUCUGCUACCGUUGCUAAGGAUGGCACGGUCCAAACUCCUGAUGGUUCCAUCAUCGGUCGCAUCACUGAAGGCGACGUCAAGAAGCUCGUCGGCCACAAGGUCGAUGAGGACGGCGACAUCAACGACAAGAAUGGUAAUGUCAUCGGUAAGGCUGAGCGCUGGGAGCCAGAAGAGAAAGAGCGCCGCGUCAACCCCAUGUCUGGCAUGCGCGUCAACAAGGAGGGUGAAGUGCGCGAUCAGAAUGGCGACAUUAUCGGUCGUCUCACGGCUGGUGAUCUCGGUCACUGCUCUGGUCUUGAGAUUGAUGACAACGGCUACGUCGUCGACAAUGACGGCAACAAGGUUGGAGAAGUCACUCUUCUUGAGAACAUUCAAGAAGAGGAAGAAGAAGAAAUCCCCGAAGAUGAGACCGAAGAGGAGAAGCAGAAGCGCGAGGACCGCGAUCUUGCAAACAAGAUGUCCGCAAUCUGCCAGCAGACUCUCGAACGCGUUCAGCCUGUCAUGAAACAGAUCACAGAGUACAUCGAACAAGCUGACCGCACUCCCCGCGACGAACUCGACGAAGAAGAGCUCGUCAACAACGUCAAGCCCCUCAUCGAAGAAGGUUCCCGCAUCCUCAACGAAUGCAACGGCUCCCUCCGCGGCCUCGACCCCGACGGCCGCAUCGCCGCACAAGCCAAAGGCCGCCAACAAACCGGUGAAGCUUCACCCGAAGAAUACAAACUCGCCGACAACCUCAAAGAACUCACCACCAGCGUCGUCACCACCAUCGACAACGCCAAGAAGAAGAUCGCGGACAUGCCUCACGCAAAGAAGAAGCUCAACCCGCUCUGGAGUCUGCUGACCGAGCCGCUGUUCCAGAUUAUCGCAGCCGUGGGCCUGUUGCUUACGGGUGUGUUGAAUCUCGUGGGCAGACUGCUGAAUGGCCUGGGUUUGGGCGGGUUGGUGAAUGGCUUGCUGGGUGGUCUGGGAAUUAAUAAGUUGCUGGGCGGCUUGGGGCUGGGCAGUGUACAGGAUAUGCUGAAUGGAGGCAAGGACAAGAAGAAGAAGAGUGGAGCUAGUAAUAUCCCGCUUGUCGGCGGAUUAUUGGGGAAGAAGUAA